UAUCUGCGACUUCAUCUGUUGAUAUUUGGAUAGGUGGAAAGUCCAAAAAAUAUUCAGGAGAAAAGGAGAAACAAGCAAGUUCUAGUUCAGUAAUAGUUAAUUGGUAUUUGGCAACCAUAAAAGUUGUAAUUUAUGAUUGGCUGGGUUCGAAGAUUCGCUUGAUAAAGUUUGAUCCAUUUUUCCAGCAAGUUAUAGAUCAAGCAAAUAAAAACAUUAUAAAUAAUGGUGAAGAAGAUAAUGAUAUGCUUAGUGUCAAUUUGAGAUAUUAUAAAUUUCAUAAUAGAAAUGUAACUUUUAUGUUUGAAAUCUCCAAGGAUAAAACUGUCUCUAUGUUGGAAGAAGUGGUUAGAAAUAGAAUAUCGCUUCACUUUCCUAUUAAUCCUCUUCCUUAUAACUUCUAUCUUCAACAAAUUUAUCCUGAAAAUCAAAUAAAACCUAUAGAAGUAGAGGAUAGAAUCUUUAGCUAUUUUAAUGAAAAUCUCUCUAAAAAUUUUAUUUACAUCAUAGUUCAAUUCUCAUUAAAUAGUUAG